UACUAACAUACAUUUGGAGAGUCGGAGAGCGGCGCUGCGCGAGAGGGAGCGCCAGAGAGAAAGGAGGAACUAGAGAAGAGAGAGAGGGAAACUGGAGCGGCUCCGUAACAUGACGUGUGGAGUGCGUUGAAAACAAGCUCUAAAUACUCAUGCGUGUACCUGCGCUAAUAGGACAUCUUUUCAAAGUCACGUAGGGUGCGUAACUGCAAACAGGACUGUGCGUAAAGAUUCUUCAUUGGAGUCAAGUCAGAGGAAUUGGAGAGGAAAAGCCUUUCAUCUGGACUACAGAGAGAGGAGAGAGCCACGUGGUCCCAGGGAGACUGACGUGCAGAGGUAGACGGCUGACCCACAUCCUGCUGUUUCUGGCAAGACCCAGGACACCAUCAGCUUGGCUCUGUGUGCUUCUCUGAAGUUCAAUGUUUGACAACUAGCAACUCACAAGAUAAAGAAGACUACUGCACAUAGUCUAGCCUAAACCAAACAGUAAGCGGAUAGAUGACGGUCACUACUGCUGAAAUCCAGCUGUUUCUGAUCUUCUUGGCUAACUUGGACACUUAGCUCAUUGGACUUUCUGGCAUUCAUCUGCACCAGCACUGUGACACACACAUCUCUAAAUAAUCCUACAUUCAGCCGCCAUUCAAUCUGGCUACUAUUUGGCAAGAAUGGAAAAUUUAACUAAUGCUCUGAAGACAUUAAACAAAAGCCCAGGGAAUAACAUGAGUUGUAUGGAAACCUUUUCGGGUUAUGAUGACUCCCUCUCUCCUUUGCCUGCUGCUCGCAUUGGGAGACUUGUCAAACCCAAACCUAAUGUCACCUGCAGGCGGAAGAGGGAGUUCAUUUCUGAUGAGAAGAAGGACGCCUCUUACUGGGAGAAGCGGCGCAAGAACAAUGAGGCCGCCAAGCGCUCGCGGGAAAAGAGGCGUCUCAAUGACAUGGUUCUGGAGAACCGGGUCAUGGCUCUUAAUGAUGAGAACGUGCGACUGAAGACAGAGCUGCUCCAGCUCAAGCUGCGCUUUGGCCUCAUCACCACGGCCUCAUACAUGGAAAAGAGCCAGCAGAUCGCAGGCAACAGCGCUAACAUGAAUGGUAGCACUUCCUCUGCCUCAUCCACAUCCUCCACUCAGUACUAUACCAACGGUUACUCCAGCUCUCAGGUCACAAUCAAUUCGGACUCCUCUGAAACUGAGCAAUCCGUGCGCAAUGAGAGCCUUCGGCAGCUGGUCAAAUACUCCCCACGUGGUUCUCUGUCCGACAUGUCAGAUGGUUCGUCCAGAGACAGUCCAGAGCCUAUUUCAUUUGAGAUCAAACAGGAAGGAGACAGACUAGAGAUGGACAUCGCCAAUGGCACUACAACUCAGAUCAUGUUUAACAUUCACCGAGGUCUGUCCUCUGUGCCUACCCACCAUCAAAUCCAGCAGCACUCUCAGGACCUGGAGACGGCCUAUCAAACUCAUUUUCCCCAACAGCCACCAGCACCUGUCUCUCCAGUGCACACACUGAACCAGGCAGCCCCCAACCCCCCCGCAGCCCAGCGCAGUGUCAUCCUGUACGGCUCCAGCAGCAGCUCUUAUGGUGUGGAUGUAGCCCGGUCUCAGGAGGGGGAGAUGCAGGCAGUCCUGAAGCACAGUAACCAGCUCAGCUCAAACCCUCCCCAGUGCUCCUCAGACACACUGAACGAGGCGACGAAACAGCUGGAACAGAAAUCUGCUGGGUCCCCUUCAUAUGAGCUCCCAGACAGCCACAAUGAACCUGGGAAUGGACAAAUGUACCAGGUGUGCCAACCUCCCCCGAAGCAUCCCCAGUCAGACCAUCAGGAGAGUGAGUUAACUGCUCAGCUCCUACAGGCCCAGGGCAGCCUUUCUCAUCUAUACCAGCAGCUUCAGCAGCCUCACCACCCUUACCUCAGUGCGCAAGAGGAGCAGGAGCCCCCUGAGCUGUCCUAUGAGGGCAGCCCUGAGGCUGCAGCCUUCUAUCAUCAAGGCCAGCGCGCCUGCACAUCCAGUGAUGGAGACCCCCGCAGCUCUGACAAAGAGGCGUCCACUGACGAUGAGUCUCCUUCGUCCUACUGCUCCGAUCAGCACCGUUCUAGUGUGCAUCCUGCCUCGCCUUACCCUUUCCAAGGGGCCUCCCUGUCCCGGGAUGCCCCCUGUGAAGUAAAGGGCACUGCACUGCCCCACAAGCUCAGACUGAAACAUCGCGCCAUGAGUACAGGAAGCAAUGGCAGCUCAGGCCAAGAGUCCCCAACAAGUCCCCCCUCUGCCACACCCCCUCCCUUACCCCAGCACCCCUAUUUAUCACUCUCACCCCAGCCGAACAUUAAGCUAGAGUGCCAGGGCUCUGCCCAGACCUGUGCCCUUGAUGGGACUCAGAGGGAUUCUAUGAGAAAAGAGGCAGGUGGACGACGACACAAGAGGCGGGACUAAACCUAAGCACUUGGACCUUGACCCUUUGCCACCAUGCCUUCCCCAUGAUUUAAACUCUGGCCAUUUAGACAAAGAUGAGUCGUAACUGGCCCCUAAUGUCACUGAAAGGCUGCACUUGUAGGGUUGUAUAUUUGUAUAUAUUGUACAGAUGUGUCAUUUUUUUCAUAUUUCCCAUUCUAACAAAAGCACUUUUGUUUGUGACGAGAAGAGGAAUGGAACUGCCCACUUUUCUAUUUGUCAUCAAAUAUUAUUGUAUGCCAGUAAGGGCAGAUUUUCGAUCACUUACAGUUAAGAAUGUAGGGUAAUGGAAGCUUUGAGCGAUACCAAUUUGAGACAUAUCUAACAAAAACAUUGUACGCCUUAAUGAGAGUCAAAUGCAAAUACAUGACCAAAGAAACACAGCACGAACACUACACAGGUUCCAUCCCUCUUCCCAGACGCUACCUCUGCCAGCCCUUAGUCACCCACCAUCUCCAUAUCAGAGAAGAUCACCAUCAUCUUUAUUUUUAAGCACUUGGGUUUUGUACUUUCUGAAAUGUAUGGAUAUAUGUUAGAAAUAUAUAUUUUACAAAUAAAUUUGAAUACAAAUUCAGCAAAAAUAUGUCUGUAUUGGUAAGAUUUUGAAAAGGGUCAUCUAUUAUGGAUCCAAUCACUGUACAGCUAUAGUGUGUACUUUGGGCCCUUUAUAUGAUUGUUAAGCUUUAGCAUUAAUCACUUGUUGAUGCCCUGUUUACACAGAAUCUGCUGUCCUGUUGGGACUGGCACAGCACUGAAUGGAAAACAUGGUGUUUUUGAGGCAAAGACCUCAUUAAAAUGUUUGACUUUUCUUGACCUUUAACCAGCCUUUAACUAUUUGGUGGAAUCACCAGCUGCAGGCUUCAAGCCUCCUCCUUAUUUGAGCUUUAUCACACCUUGAUUUGGUUUCAUUCACUUGCCCAUUGUAUUUAUUUCCUUCUGUACAUGCCCAUCACUGUAGAAAAGCCCACAGGGACAUAGACCCCAAUAUGUCAGAGCUUUGGAAACCACCUGGACUCACACUACAAUGCACUGAUGCAUGUUUACUGAUCAGAUAAACUCAUAAACUCUCUAUUGCCAAUAGAAAAACCCUAAUGUGAGCUUAGACUUGAAAAAGGAACCAUGUCUCAUUUAUUAGUAAUGGGAAGGUAUGUUAGCUGUGAUUGGACAGCAUAAGUCUAGAUUACCAUGGUUCUCUUUAAAAUAAAAAGUACUGCGGACAUGAAGACAUUAUGCAGUAACAUUUCCCCUUGACAAUCUCCAGAGUCUAUUGACACAGACAGGGAUCCCCUCCUUGUAGACUCCUAUUAUAAGUGUACACCUGGCAGUAUAUAUUAAGUCCUGCACUGGAAUGGAAGGUCUAUGUACCAUGUUCGGCUUUUUGUGUAUAAAUGUAAAGCCCCCUGCCCUGGAGCAACACUGUAAUGUUUUUGGUUGAUUUUCUACAUUUUCAAAGUGUUGUUCUUCUUCUACUGUGUCUUUUGACUGUGCUGUAUUUGCCUCAUUCCCCUCCCCGUUCCAAGUGUGUAUUAAUGAUUUGUUUGUGGUUUUGCCGAUGUAUUAUGGGAACAGCCAGUGGAGUAUAAAACCGGCAAACUUGGUGUUAAGCGGUGGUGGUGGUCCAGGUCAUUGCCAUCACUUCUUUCUUUAACAUGUAUGUAAACACUAAAGUUCAUUGUGGAAGAUGGGAGCAUUUCAAAAUUGAAAAUACAAAUAAAAAGAAUGUUGAACAUA